CUGGUCACACACACCACAGCUCACAAACUUGUCUUGUCGUUUAGACUUUAAACCCAACACUCUCUUCCUCUUCCUUCCUUCUUCUCUUCUCUCUCUCUCUCUCUCAAAUUUUUUGUCUUAUUUAUGCGAUAAGAACACAAUUAAUUCCUCAAUCAAAAUCUUUUUUUUUUGUUUUCUUGAUUAUUUGACAAAUUUUUCAAGAAACACGAAAAGAUCAUAAAAGAAGAGAAGGAAAAAUGCAGGAUCCAGCAGCUUAUUACCAAACGAUGAUGGCAAAACAACAACAACCACAAUUUGCAGAGCAAGAACAGCUAAAGUGUCCACGCUGUGACUCACUGAACACCAAAUUCUGUUACUACAACAACUACAACCUGUCGCAGCCUCGUCACUUUUGCAAAAACUGCCGUCGUUACUGGACUAAAGGAGGAGCUCUACGUAACGUCCCCGUCGGUGGUGGUUCUCGCAAGAACGCUACCAAACGAUCCACCACUUCUUCCUCUUCUUCUCCUCCUUCUUCCAACACAAACAAGAAGACUAAAAACCCGGAUCCGGAUCUUGAUCCACGUAAUCAACAAAACCCGGAGUUGGAUCCGACCCGGAUGCUUUACGGGUUCCCGAUCGGUGACCAAGACGUGAAAGGUAUGGAGAUUGGUGGGAGCUUCAGCUCGCUUUUGGCUUCUAAUAUGCAGUUUGGUCUUGGAGGAGGGAUCAUGCUUGACGGGUCCGGUUGGGAUCAUCCUGGUAUGGGUAUGGGUUUGGGUUUGAGGAGGUCCGAACCAGGUAGUAAUAAUAACCCAUGGACCGAUCUUGCUAUGAACAGAGUGGAGAAAAACUGAACGGAACAAGAGAAGAGCGAGAGAGGUGUUUUGGUAAAUUACAUGAUUUUAGAUGACUCAGUCAGAGAAGAGUCAUCACGUAGACAGUGAACAGUUCCAUGUUUAUGUCAUUUUGGUAACAUUAUUAUUCCUCCUUACCACUCUCUCUUACUAUUUAUAUAUAAUUCGGUUCUGUUUAAUCUUGUGUAAUAGAAUGAGAAAACUCUGAUUUGAUGAAAAUUCUCUGUUUUUUCUUUUCUUUUUUCCUUUUUAAAACGUAUUUUAUAGAAUGUUAGUAGAAUACUAGAAAAAGACUUGUAAAGUAUUUUAUUAGACUGUUAGUGGUAUUUUACUACUUAUUUCCUCA